AUGAGAAUUACUGAAAUUGUCAUAGACGGCUUCAAAUCGUACGCCGUGCGUACGGUAAUCUCGGGAUGGGACGAAUCGUUCAACUCCAUCACUGGCCUGAACGGCAGUGGUAAAUCCAACAUCCUCGAUGCCAUUUGUUUCGUGCUCGGUAUCACCAACAUGUCAACCGUCCGCGCACAGAACCUCCAAGAUCUCAUCUACAAACGCGGUCAAGCCGGUGUCACCAAAGCCAGCGUCACAAUCGUUUUCGACAACCGCGACACAGCGAAAUCACCGAUCGGAUUCGAGGAAUAUGCGAAUAUCUCGGUCACACGCCAGAUUGUGCUGGGCGGAACAAGCAAAUAUUUAAUCAAUGGCCACCGCGCGCAACAGCAAACCGUCCAGAAUCUGUUCCAGAGUGUUCAGCUGAACAUCAACAACCCUAAUUUCUUGAUUAUGCAAGGUCGCAUUACAAAGGUCUUGAAUAUGAAGGCAGUCGAGAUUUUGUCGAUGAUUGAGGAGGCAGCCGGUACACGAAUGUUCGAAGAUCGCAGGGAAAAGGCCAAUCGGACAAUGGGAAAGAAGGAGCUGAAGCUGCGCGAGAUCGAGGAAUUGCUGAAAGAAGAAAUCGAGCCUAAGCUUGAGAAGCUCAGGUCAGAGAAGCGAGCUUUCCUUGACUUCCAACAAACGCAAAACGAUCUCGAGCGUUUGACUCGACUUGUUGUUGCUCAUGAUUACGUUCGUGGCGGUGAGCGACUGCGAGUUGCGGGUGACGAGUGCGAGAACAAGCGCAGCAAAGUUCAGGCUUUAGAGGACAACGCAUCCAAGCUGAAAAAUGAGAUUGCCCACUUGGAGGAGGAUGUGAAGCGAGUGCGCACAGCUCGCGACAAGGAACUUCGGAAAGGUGGAAAGUUCCAAGGGCUCGAGGAUGAGGUUAAGAACUACUCGCAUGAGCUGGUCCGAUUGACCACUGUCUUUGAUCUGAAAAAUGCAAGCAUGGAUGAGGAAAAGGAAAAGCGAACGACCAUCCAAAGUACCGUCACAGAGCUUGAGAAGGUUCUGAAGGAGAAAAGAAAGAUUUACGAAAAGGUCCAGGCCCAAUACGAUGCCGCCAAGUCCGAACUCGACGCACAAAACGUGGAAGUAGAACAGAAGGAGGAACUGCUCCAGACACUUCAAACUGGUGUUGCUUCAAAGGAAGGCCAAGAGAGUGGCUAUCAGGGUCAGCUACAGGAUGCCCGCAACCGAGCAAGCAAUGCCGCAACAGAACAGGAGCAGGGCAAGCUAAAGAUUACCCAUCUCGAGAAGAGGAUCAAAGAGGAAGAACCUCGCGCAAAGAAGGCUAAGGAGCAAAACUCCGGUCUUCUUCGUGACCUCGAAGGUCUCAAAUCGCAGGCCAGCAAGCUCGAGUCGGAGCUUACCCGGCUUGGAUUCGAACCUGGAAAGGAGGAGCAGAUCUAUCAGGAACAGACAGGGUUGCAGCGCGACAUUCGUGAGCUCCGACAAAGAGCUGAUGCUCUCAAGCGACAGGCGGCGAACAUUGAUUUCAACUACACAGACCCCCAUCCCAACUUUGACCGGUCAAAGGUUAAGGGUCUUGUUGCUCAGCUUUUCACUCUCAACAAAGAUCAAGUUCCUGCUGCGACUGCUCUAGAAAUCUGCGCUGGAGGUCGUCUUUACAACGUGGUUGUCGACAGUGCGGAGACCGGUACACAACUGCUCCAGAAAGGAAAACUACGCAAGCGUGUGACUAUCAUUCCCCUUAACAAGAUCUCCGCGUUCAAGGCCUCCGCGGAAAAGAUUGGAGCUGCCCAAAAUCUUGCUCCUGGAAAGGUUGACCUUGCCCUGUCUUUGGUCGGACAUGACGAAGAUGUUCUCGCCGCUAUGAACUACGUGUUCGGUAACACACUUAUCUGUCAAGAUGCCAACACAGCGAAGAAGGUGACCUUUGAUCCGUCAGUCCGGAUGAAGAGUGUCACUCUGGAGGGUGAUGUGUACGAUCCAUCUGGAACGCUUUCUGGUGGAAGCUCUCCUAACUCCAGUGGAGUUCUCGUUACUUUACAGAAAUUGAAUGAAAUCACUAAAGAGCUGCGAAGCAAGGAGCGUCAGCUUGCAACUUUGGAAGACCACAUGAAGAAGGAAAAGAAGAAGCUCGAUGCAGUUCGCUCCAUCAAGCAAGAUUUGGAUCUCAAGACCCACGAGAUCAGACUUACCGAGGAGCAGAUUAACAGCAACUCUUCUUCUUCGAUUAUUCAAGCUGUCGAAGAGAUGAGAGCGAACAUCGAGCAACUCAAGAAAGACAUCGCCGACGCAAAGGUUCGCCAGGCCGAAGCAUCCAAGGAUAUUAAGCGAAUUGAGAAGGACAUGAGCGAAUUUAGCGACAACAAAGACAGCAAACUCGCAGAACUGGAAGCCUCACUCGCCAAGCUCAAGAAGAGUCUUGCCAAGAAUUCUAGCUCAGUCAAGGAGCUGCAGAAGGAAUUGCAGACCACUAGGCUGGACUCUGAACAAGUCGGCAGCGAUUUGUCUGCCGCCGAGGAGCAGUUGGUUGAAUCCGACAAUACCUUGAAGGCUCAAUUGGAAGAGAUAGAGUCACAGACACGAGAGCAGACCCGAUUAAAGGAUGCUCAUGAUAUUGCGCAAGCCCAACUUGAUGACGAGAGGGCUAAAUUGACUGGCUUCGAUGAAGAAUUACGAGAAUUGGAAGAGGCGAUGCAGUCCAAAUCAUCUCAGAUCACCGAAGAAGGCCUAGAAGCGCAAAAACUCGGUCACCAGCUCGAAAAGCUACAAAAAGACCAGUAUACUGCAAGCCAGGCUGUAGCCCACAUGGAGCAAGAGCACGAAUGGAUUGCGGACGAGAAGGAGCAUUUCGGGCGCGCCAACACACCAUACCACUUCCAGAACCAGAACAUCGCUGAGUGCAAGUCAACGCUACGUAACUUGACAGAGCGAUCUCAGGGCAUGAAGAAGAAGAUCAACCCCAAGGUCAUGAACAUGAUUGACAGCGUUGAAAAGAAGGAAGCUGCUCUCAAGAACAUGAUGAAGACGGUCAUCCGCGAUAAGCGAAAGAUCGAAGAGACCAUCAUAAACCUUAAUGAAUACAAGAAGGAGGCUCUCCACAAGACCUGGGUCAAGGUCAAUGGUGACUUCGGACAGAUCUUCAACGAGCUCCUACCAGGUAGUUUUGCCAAGCUCGACCCCCCCGAGGGCAAAGAUAUCACCGAUGGUCUGGAGGUCAAAGUGUCUUUAGGCAAGGUCUGGAAGCAGAGUUUGACAGAACUGAGUGGUGGCCAACGUUCCCUCAUUGCCCUGUCACUAAUUAUGGCGCUCUUGCAGUUCAAGCCUGCGCCUAUGUACAUUCUUGACGAGGUCGAUGCUGCUUUGGAUUUGUCACACACUCAGAACAUUGGUCGACUGAUCAAGACCCGUUUCAAGGGAUCUCAGUUCAUUGUCGUCUCAUUGAAGGAUGGCAUGUUCCAGAAUGCCAACCGCAUUUUCCGCACGAGAUUCAGCGAGGGUACCAGCAUUGUUCAGGCGUUGACCCCGGCGGAUAUGAAAUGA